AUGAUCAAACAAAGCCCAGUGAAGCCUGUUGAGAGUUUUACCACAGCUCAUUUAGCCGUCUGUGUGGACUGGAUCUACAGCCGUCUGUGUGGACUGAUCUACAGCCGUCUGUGUGGACUGAUCUACAGCCGUCUGUGUGGACUGAUCUACAGCCGUCUGUGUGGACUGAUCUACAGCCGUCUGUGUGGACUGAUCUACAGCCGUCUGUGUGGACUGAUCUACAGCCGUCUGUGUGGACUGAUCUACAGCCGUCUGUGUGGACUGAUCUACAGCCGUCUGUGUGGACUGAUCUACAGCCGUCUGUGUGGACUGAUCUACAGCCGUCUGUGUGGACUGAUCUACAGCCGUCUGUGUGGACUGAUCUACAGCCGUCUGUCCGUCUGUGUGGUGAUCUACAGCUUGUGGAUCUACAGCCGUCUGUGUGGACUGAUCUACAGCCAUCUGUGUGGACUGAUCUACAGCCGUCUGUGUGGACUGAUCUACAGCCGUCUGUGUGGACUGAUCUACAGCCGUCUGUGUGGACUGAUCUACAGCCAUCUGUGUGGACUGAUCUACAGCCGUCUGUGUGGACUGAUCUACAGCCGUCUGUGUGGACUGAUCUACAGCCAUCUGUGUGGACUGAUCUACAGCCGUCUGUGUGGACUGAUCUACAGCCGUCUGUGUGGACUGAUCUACAGCCGUCUGUGUGGACUGAUCUACAGCCGUCUGUGUGGACUGAUCUACAGCCGUCUGUGUGGACUGAUCUACAGCCAUCUGUGUGGACUGAUCUACAGCCGUCUGUGUGGACUGAUCUACAGCCGCCUGUGUGGACUGAUCUACAGCCAUCUGUGUGGACUGAUCUACAGCCGUCUGUGUGGACUGAUCUACAGCCGUCUGUGUGGACUGAUCUACAGCCGUCUGUGUGGACUGAUCUACAGCCGUCUGUGUGGACUGAUCUACAGCCAUCUGUGUGGACUGAUCUACAGCCGUCUGUGUGGACUGAUCUACAGCCGUCUGUGUGGACUGAUCUACAGCCGUCUGUGUGGACUGAUCUACAGCCGUCUGUGUGGACUGAUCUACAGCCGUCUGUGUGGACUGAUCUACAGCCAUCUGUGUGGACUGAUCUACAGCCGUCUGUGUGGACUGAUCUACAGCCAUCUGUGUGGACUGAUCUACAGCCGUCUGUGUGGACUGAUCUACAGCCGUCUGUGUGGACUGAUCUACAGCCGUCUGUGUGGACUGAUCUACAGCCGUCUGUGUGGACUGAUCUACAGCCGUCUGUGUGGAGUGGAUCUACAGCCGUCUGUCCGUCUGUGUGGACUGAUCUACAGCCGUCUGUGUGGACUGAUCUACAGCCAUCUGUGUGGACUGAUCUACAGCCGUCUGUGUGGACUGAUCUACAGCCGUCUGUGUGGACUGAUCUACAGCCAUCUGUGUGGACUGAUCUACAGCCGUCUGUGUGGACUGAUCUACAGCCGUCUGUGUGGACUGAUCUACAGCCGUCUGUGUGGACUGAUCUACAGCCGUCUGUGUGGACUGAUCUACAGCCGUCUGUGUGGACUGAUCUACAGCCAUCUGUGUGGACUGAUCUACAGCCGUCUGUGUGGACUGAUCUACAGCCGUCUGUGUGGACUGAUCUACAGCCAUCUGUGUGGACUGAUCUACAGCCGUCUGUGUGGACUGAUCUACAGCCGUCUGUGUGGACUGAUCUACAGCCGUCUGUGUGGACUGAUCUACAGCCGUCUGUGUGGACUGAUCUACAGCCAUCUGUGUGGACUGAUCUACAGCCGUCUGUGUGGACUGAUCUACAGCCGUCUGUGUGGACUGAUCUACAGCCGUCUGUGUGGACUGAUCUACAGCCGUCUGUGUGGACUGAUCUACAGCCGUCUGUGUGGACUGAUCUACAGCCAUCUGUGUGGACUGAUCUACAGCCGUCUGUGUGGACUGAUCUACAGCCAUCUGUGUGGACUGAUCUACAGCCGUCUGUGUGGACUGAUCUACAGCCGUCUGUGUGGACUGAUCUACAGCCGUCUGUGUGGACUGAUCUACAGCCGUCUGUGUGGACUGAUCUACAGCCGUCUGUGUGGACUGGAUCCCUCUCAAUGUGGAUCUCCCUGA